AUGGCUAACUCAAUCUUCUUCUUUUCCUUUGUUUUGGCUCUCCCUUUUGUCUGUUCAGUUCAGUUUAACAUAUCUCAGUUUAGGACAGAUAGUUCUGAGAUAGCAUACCAAGGAGAUGCAAGAGCAAACGGCGCUGUUGAGCUUACCAACAUUGACUACACAUGCCGUGCCGGUUGGGCUACAUAUGGUAAGAAGGUUCCUUUAUGGGAUCCGGAAACCGGUAAGCCUUCCGAUUUCAGUACCCGCUUCUCCUUCAGAAUCGAUACCCGGAAUUAUGGGUACAGUAACUACGGUCAUGGGUUCGCUUUCUUUCUAGCUCCGGCCAGGAUCCAGUUGCCUCCCAACUCAGCUGGUGGUUACUUGGGUCUAUUCAAUGAGACCAACGUCAAGUCUUCUUCUUUCCCACUCGUUCAUGUCGAGUUCGACACAUAUGGUAAUUCAGAAUGGGAUCCUCUCGACGUGAGAUCUCAUGUGGGAAUCAACAACAACUCUCUUGUCUCCUCUAACUACACUUCUUGGAAUGCAUCCUCACAUAGCCAAGAUGUAGGCCGUGUGCUCGUCUUCUACGAUUCCGCUAGAAGAAACUUGAGCGUCUCUUGGAGUUACGACUUAACAUCUGAUCCUAGGGAGAGUUCAAGCCUGUCUUACAUCAUUGAUCUUUCGAAGGUACUGCCAUCAGAAGUUACUGUUGGGUUUUCCGCGACCUCUGGAGGGGUCACCGAGGGGAAUAGACUUCUUUCAUGGGAAUACAGUUCAAGCCUGGAGCUAAUAGAUAUGAAGAAACGUCAGAAAGACAGGAAGGGGAUGAUCAUUGGUAUUUUAGUUUCCGGGUUUGUUUUGCUGGCCUUUUUCAUUGUCUCGCUCGUCGUCUUCUUGAAAAGGAAGCAGAGGAAGAAGAAAGCAGAGGAGACUGCACACUUGACAUCGAUAAAUGAAGAUCUCGAAAGAGGAGCAGGACCAAGAAAGUUUGCUUAUAGAGAUCUUGCUUCAGCUGCUAACAACUUCUCAGGUGAUAGGAAGCUAGGGGAAGGAGGCUUUGGAGCGGUUUAUAAAGGGUACUUAAACGGUUUAGACAUGAUGGUCGCGAUCAAAAAAUUUGCGGGCGGGUCUAAGCAGGGGAGAAGAGAGUUCAUAACAGAAGUAAAGAUAAUCAGCAGCUUGAGGCAUCGAAACCUUGUGCAGCUCAUUGGUUGGUGUCAUGAAAAAGAGGAGUUUCUAAUGGUAUACGAGUUCAUGCCAAAUGGUAGCCUCGACGCCCACCUAUUUGGAGAAGUGAUCACAUCUAUCGAUGAGAAACUCGGGACCGAUGGUUUCGACAAGAAGCAAGCGGAGUGUAUGAUGGUUGUGGGGUUAUGGUGUGCUCAUCCUGAUAGGAACUCGAGGCCAUCGAUAAAACAAGCGAUCCAAGUCUUGAAUCUUGAAGCACCAUGGCCUCAUCUUCCGACCAAGAUGCCUGUUGCUACUUAUCAUGUCUCAUCUUCGAGUACUACAACUUCGGCUAGCUCUGGUGGAGCUACUGUAACGUUUUCAAGUGCUCAGCUUGGUCGUUGA